CAAGCACCUAGACUCUUUAUGUACAUGGCGUUUAACUAUGAACUGCAAAUCCAGUGGUUGGAACUGCCCGCCAAAUGAGCAGACGAAACAAGAGUGCAUCGCGGAAAUGUCGUUCGAACAAAGGCGGGAAGAUCAACCGCACGCCAACUUGGGCUCCAUCAGUUAGGAGCGCAACAGAGUGCUCGGAAGCGAGGAUGAUUGCGUUGCUAUCAAGUCUUCCGUAAUGGCGAAGAUGAUAUCGUGGGCCAGGCCUCACAUCAGGAAGCUCUCUUCUUCAACCUCAAGUCGCGUGACUAUGAUCCAAUACAACACCCGAUUGCGGGAGCUGACCAAAACAGGUUAUUUGGGUGAUGCUCGCUCACUGUUCGACAGUAUGCCUUGCAGAGACGAGAUUUCUUGGACCACCCUGAUUUCUGGGUAUGUCAGCGCCAUGGAUAUAACCGAAGCUUUUGGUUUGUUCUCCGACGUGCGGGUUCAGCCAGCACUCCACGUGGACCAUUUCAUGCUCAGUCUUUUGAUCAAGGCUUGCACGCUUGAUAUGAACCCGAAUCUUGGCGAGUCAUUACAUGGAUAUGCCGUCAAAACGGGAGAUGCAAACUCGCUAUAUGUGGGAAGUGCCCUUCUUGACAUGUACACGAAAGCCCACAGAAUCGAGCUGGGUUAUAGAAUAUUUGAUGAGAUGCCACUGAAGAAUGUUAUUUCUUGGACUGCCCUGAUAAAUGGGCUUGUUAGCUGUGGCCACUAUAGGGAGGCGGUGUCCUGCUUCGCUGAAAUGUGCAAGUCGGAAGUGCAAUGUAACGGGCACACAUUUGCUAUUAUUUUGAAGGCAUGCGCUGAUCUUGGUGCUUUGAGCUGUGGGAGGGAGAUACAUACACACAUAAUUAAGAAAGGCUUUGAUGCGAGCUCAUUUGUGGCUGAUUCACUUGCCACGAUGUACAACAAGUGUCGGAAGUUUGACAAUGCCGUGCGGUUACUUGAAAGGAUGCCCACACAGGAUGUAGUGUCGUGGACAACUAUAAUCACGACAUACGUUCAGAUGGGUAUGGAAGAAUCUGCAUUUGUAGCAUUUUUAAGGAUGAAAAGAUCUGGUGCCAGUCCUGAUGAAUACACAUAUGGAGCAGUUAUCUCUGCAUGUGCUAGUCUUGCAAGAACUAUAUGUGGCGAACAAUUACAUGCUCAAGUUUUGUGCAAAGGUCUUUUAAAUUCCUUGCCAGUGGCAAACUCCAUUAUCAGCAUGUAUUCAAAACUCGGCCAGUUAUCUUCAGCACUAGCUAUUUUUCACGAAAUCACCAAGAGAGACAUUGUUUCGUGGAAUACUAUAGUCACUGGGUAUUCUCAAGAAGGUUACGGCGAGGAAGCUUUUGAGCUUCUGUCGUGGAUAAGGAUUGAAGGACUCAGGCCCACUGAGUCAACUCUUUCGGUUGUUCUUACUGUGUGUGGUAAUAUGGCUAUUCUCAAGCAAGGGAUGCAACUUCAUGCUCUUGUCCUGUCUUUGGGUUUAGAACAGGCACCUACAAUACAGAGUGCUUUGAUUAAUAUGUAUGCCAAGUGUGGGAGUAUAAAAGAAGCAUCCAAAAUCUUUGAUGAGGCAACAAAUUAUGAAAUUGUGGUGUGGACAACAAUGAUUAAUGGAUAUGCAGAACAUGGUUACAGCCAUGAAGCAAUUGAUUUGUUUGAGAAGCUGGCUAGUGUUGGGUUGAGACCAGAUCCUGUGACAUAUAUUGGCAUUCUUACUGCAUGUAGUCACGCUGGACUAAUCGAUCUUGGUUUUGACUAUUUCGAUUCAAUGAGCAGGGAACAACGAAUUAGUCCCUCAAGAGAACACUAUGGCUGCAUGAUUGAUCUUCUCUGCCGAGCUGGAAGAUUGGACGAGGCAGAACACAUGAUCAAAAGAAUGCCAUAUGAAUGUAAUGAUGUUGUCUGGUCAACUUUGUUGAGAGCAUGUAAAAUCAAUGGUGAUGGGGACCGUGGAAGGCGAAUUGCCGAGCAUAUUCUCGAGUUAGACCCAAAUUGUGCUGGAACUCACAUUGCCCUGGCUAAUGUCUAUUCUGCCAAGGAGCGGUGGACCGACGCAGCGGAAAUAAGGAAAAUGAUGAAGUCAAAGGGUGUAACUAAAGAGCCUGGAUGGUCUUGGAUUAUGGUUAAGGACUGUGUGUCCACAUUUGUGGCAGGUGACCAGUCUCAUUUACAUAGUGAAGAACUAUGCGACGUUCUGAAUUUUCUUUGCUCGGGAGAAACUUGUGUUCAGGAUGUGGUUUCCCUUGUGUAUGAUAUUGAGGACUGAAAAGUAGCGUCCUUACAUUGUUCUAUUUGGAUGUUUUCUUCAUUAUUCUCGUUAAUUAGCAGAGUCAACGGCAGAAAAGGAUUAUUGGAAAAAAGUUGAGGUUGCCCAUCAAUGCUAUCAAGCAACAGGAGUUGGAAGCUAAAGAAAUCUUUGUAGCGAGUUAGGAUGCCAGACUCCAAAAGGCCCCAUCCUUUCCAUCAGUUACUGAGGCUUUCUUGGAAGUGCUACCACAGCAAAUAUAUUUCCCAACUUCGAAGUGCCAUAUGGACAUGCUGCCAAGGCAAGAACAAGCUAAGCUUGCAGCUUCUCCUGGUAGCCGCAUUGGUCACGGGAAGCUCAAGCAAGAGUGGGAAGGAGGACACAGUUGCUGGCACAGGGGCUGUGCAAAGGGUGCACUGGAUUUUGAAGUCUCCUCAAUCGGGAGUACACCAAAAUCCACUUCAACUGGCAAUUCAGCUGCACUGUUCUUCAAAAAUUUUGUACCUGAUGGGUCCACCGCAUGAUGAAAACAGGUAGAUUUGAUUGGGUUCAACUGCAGGUGCUAGGGUGAGAAGACCCAGCUACCUAGAAACCAUGCAAUAAUUACAAAUCUUAUGAACCGAUUAUGUCCAAAUCUUUGGCCUGUACAGUGGCUCUAAUUCAGAGCAGUUUGCACUCAACAGAUGAGAUUCGACGGAUGAUCUCCGGUUCCUCUUCAAGAUGGAUGGCGCAUCACUAUUCUGAUAUGCAGGACUGCCCUUCUGAUUACAGGACUGCUGGCCAGGAUGCUAUAGCUAAGGGAACCCCAUCAUCAAGGCAAUAACAAUUUGAUAAUAUCUUAGAACGCAGGAGCUGCGUUGAAGGAUCUUAGACUCUAGUCUGAUGCUUGUUUGACUUCCCAUGAGUACGGCUUACCAGUUAGCUUAUGUCUUGAAGCGUAGUAUUGAGGACAUUUUCUCAUGUAAAAAGCAUAUUGCGACGCAGCUCAUGAUACCGCAAUUUAUUUGUUGCUGCGUCCGGCAUUUGUGUCUUUAACAACAUGCCACUCAAAAAUCUCAGAUGGAUGAUGUCAUUCUAGUUGUAAGAACUUGUGAUUUGAUGUAUUACUAAUUCAGAUUUGGCAAAUCUUAAGCA